UUCUGUCAUUGCUCGAACGCGUGCUUUUUUGUACCAUUAUUGUCUUCUCUCGCAGGCAGAUAUUACAACACCGGUUGAUGGCUGCUGGCGAAGCAAGUGCAAGUGCAAGAGCAAGAGCAAGAGCAGUGAGGAUGAGAUGGAUUCUUCUCGUCAAGGUUCACCUCAGCUACCGCCUCCGACCCUCGACCUUUCCCUCGGCUUAGCUUCCUCCGAUCCAUUCUCCAGCACUCACGGCACGAGGGACGUGAGGCUCUUCCCUUGCCUCUUCUGCAACAAGAAGUUCCUCAAGUCGCAGGCACUCGGAGGACAUCAGAACGCGCACAAGAAAGAGAGAAGCGUCGGCUGCACCUCCCAAACCUAUCUUCCGCCUAAGAACGACGCUGCUGAUGAUCACAACUCGGAUCCAUCUCGGUUCUCCGCCGCACCGCGUGGUGAUCACUUGGAGAGCUUCAGGUCCUACGCUGUCCCAUGGACUGUAAGCAGCAGGAGGGCAGUAUACGCUACCGGAUGCCCCUCCUCCUCCAGCAGUAGGCACAGAGGCCCCCACCAAGCUCAUCAGGCACUGCUACUGGACUUUCUAGGUCAUUCCGACGGCAGUACUGUAGGUUUUGCUUCAGCCGCUGGUGGCGGUGAAGACAUGGCCAACGUUGAUCUCUCCUUGAGGCUCUAGAUCACUGCUAUAGUCUAUAUAAGUCUGGAACUGGAAUUUCCCAGCACUAGAAAAGCUUUCGUUGUAGCUUAUUUUCCUUUUCGGUGCCUUUUGCUCGUGUAAGGUUCUGUUGUUCGUACUGAAUAGUUGUGCUUUGUCUUUCCAUGAGUCCGGGCAUUAUAAGUGUUGCUUGCGGCAGGAGAAGGGUUUGCAUGAGAAGACACUGCACGUGAUGUGGUGGGACGUUGAUAUAUGAGCUUGUACAUUUUGCCGGCUGGAACAUCAUUCAACACCCUACUCUGAAA